UUGUGAUGAGCUCUAUUUAAAUGAGCUGCCGGAUCGGGGCAGAUUCCAGCCAUACAUGAGCAUUGUCAUUUUGGGGAACAUGGAGGGCUGAAGGAUUUUUGGAUCGAGUCCUAAGAAAGGCUGAGAGUGAUGGCCUCCUGAGCUGUACAGAGGGCGACAGAGCUAGUUCCUGAAAGUUGAAAAUCUCGUUUUCUUCCUUCUGAGCUUCUAUUCCAAGGCACCCAGAGGAUUAGGAAGGAGAUGCAGCUAGGAAGAGAGUCGCCUCUUUGAGGUCUCCCUCUUGCUGUUCAGUUUGGGAAAAUUGCUGCAGAGCCUUCGAGAUAAACAGGAACAGGAGGAGUCAGCCAAGCUCUUUCUUGCAGGAACGUCUCAGAGCUCAUCUCCUGUGCUGGGUGUAAGCGAGUAUUCCUUACAGGGAUGUAACUGAACAUUUUUUUCUGCAGUGUUUUUCUACUGGGCAAUCCAAGAUGGCCAGGAACUGCUCUGAGUGCAAGGAGAAGAGGGUGGCGCACAUCCUCUGCACCUACUGCAACCGCUGGCUGUGCAGCUCCUGCACGGAGGAGCACCGGCAUGGGCCCGCCCCUGGGGGCCCACUCUUUCCCCGCACCCAGAAGGGGUCUCCAGGAGUGAAUGGUGGUUCUGGGGAUUUCGCCUUGUACUGUCCUCUGCACACACAGGAGGUGCUCAAGCUAUUCUGCGAGACCUGUGAUGUGCUCACAUGCCAUAGCUGCCUCAUGGUGGAACACAAAGAACACAGGUGCAGACAUCUUGAAGAAGUUUUGCAAAACCAGAGGAUGCUUCUGGAAAGUGUGACUACACAGGUGGCUCAUAAGAAAUCCAGUCUACAAACAUCUGCAAAACAGAUUGAGGACAGGAUUUUUGAGGUUAAGCAUCAGCAUAGGAAGGUGGAAAACCAGAUCAAGAUGGCCAAGAUGGUUCUGAUGAAUGAGCUGAACAAACAGGCCAACAGGCUCAUAGAGGAGCUGGAGGGCAUUACUAAUGACAGAAAGCGCAAGCUGGAGCAGCAGUUACAGAGCAUCAUGGUUCUCAACCGUCAGUUUGAACACGUGCAGAACUUCAUCAACUGGGCUGUCUGCAGCAAAACCAGUGUCCCUUUCCUUUUCAGCAAAGAGCUGAUUGUGUUUCAGAUGCAGCGAUUGCUGGAGACAAAUUGUAACACAGAUCCUGGCUCCCCUUGGAGUAUCAGAUUCACCUGGGAGCCUAACUUCUGGACUAAGCAGCUAGCUUCCCUUGGCUGUAUAACUACUGAAGGUGGACAGCUGUCCCGGGCAGAUAUUCCUGCUUAUGGAGGCUUGCAGGGACCAUCAUCCUUUUAUCAAAGCCACCAGUCCCCAGUGGCUCAGCAGGAGACUCUUAGCCACCCAUCACACAAGUUACAUACUCCAGCACUGUGUUCCUCAUCUGUGUGCUGUUCCCACUGCUCACCAGUCUCACCCUCCCUCAAAGGCCAGGUCCCCCCACCCAGCAUACACCCAGCCCACAGCUUUAGACAGCCCUCUGAGAUGGUGCCCCAACCACUAGGGUCACUGCAUUGCCCUACCCUGCUGCCCAGAGAGAAGGAGCUGGCCUGCAAUCCUCCCCCACCGAAGCUAAUGCAGCCCUGGCUGGAAACGCAGCCCCCAGCGGAGCAGGAGGGUGCACCCCAGCGGCUGGGGCAGCAGCUGACUUCCCAGCCCGUGUGCAUCGUUCCCCCCCAGGAUGUGCAGCAAGGAGCGCAUGCCCAGCCCUCCCUACAGACACCCUCUAUCCAAGUCCAGUUUGGCCACCACCAGAAGCUGAAACUCAGCCACUAUCAGCAGCAGCCCCCGCAGCAGCUCCCAGCUCUGCCCCCUGCACCCCCUGUGCCCCAGCAGCAGCCACCUCCACCUCUACCUCCAUCCCAGCAUCUGACUUCUGGCCAGCAUGGGAGCCCUCCUGGGCCAGCCUGUUCUCAGAACAUGGAUAUCAUGCACCACAAGUUUGAGCUGGAGGAAAUGCAGAAGGACCUGGAGCUUCUCCUUCAGGCACAACAGCCCAGCCUGCAGCUGAGCCAGACCAAAUCUCCUCAGCACCUACAGCAAACCAUUGUGGGGCAGAUCAACUACAUUGUGAGGCAGCCGGCACCUGUGCAGCCGCAAAGCCAGGAGGACGCCGCACAGGCUACGGAUGAGCCCCCAGCACCUGAAGGCCCAAAGCCGGCUCUCCCGCUUGACAAGAAUGCUGCUGCUAAUGUGCCCCAGGCGGCUGGGGAAGAAACCCCUCACAGUGUGCCCCCUCUGGAAGGCACCAUCCAGCACUCCUCUCCAAAUGUGGUGAGAAAGCACUCCACUUCAGUGAGCAUCAUGGGCUUUUCCAACACUCUGGAGAUGGAGCUGUCAUCUACCAGGCUUGCGAGGACCCUAGAGCCACAGAUGCAGAGCAUGAGCAGCCUAACAGCUGGCUCCCCACAGGUGGUACCAAGCCUGCUGAGUGGCCCCCCACCAACUGUGUCCAGCCUGACAAGUGGUCACAACCAGGCUAUGUCCAACCUGGCAGCCAGUCACCUGCAGACUAUGCCCAGCCUUGUGCGUGGUACACCCCAGUUCACACCGAACCUGAUGAGUGACUCCUCCCAGACCAUCACAAGCCUGGCAAGUGAUCACUGUCAGGCCGGGCCCAACCUGGUGUCUGGUCCCACCCAGGCUGUGCCAAGUCUGGCAACUUGUCCUCUGCAGAGCAUGCCUCCGCCUUCUGACAUGCAGCCAGAAACUGGGUCCAGCUGUAGUCCUAGCUCUGGCAGAGCUGCAGGGAGCCUGUGCUCUGGAGAUGGGGCUGACUCCUCCCUGGGGAAUGCCUUCUGUAAGAUGGAAAGUGAAGAUUCCAGCUGCUUCACUGACUCUCUGGGACAAGGCCCCACAGCCCCUGGUCUGGAUGUUUCCAAGAACUUGGCUCUCCCCUCAGAACUGGAGGAGCCAAUUAACCUCUCUGUGAAAAAGCCUUCCCUGGUCCCAGUGGUCAGCACCUCCAUGACUCUGCAGCAGUAUCGGAACCCAAAAGAGUAUGGGAAUUUUAAACAAGGAACGCUAGAGCUGGAUACAAAAGGGAACCAGCGCAUCAGACCUUUUAGUAGUGAGCCCAAGAUUCCCUAUGUACGACUGGAGCGACUCAAGAUCUGUGCUACCUCCUCGGGAGAGAUGCCUGUGUUCAAGUUGAAGCCACAGAAGAAUGAUCAGGAUGGGAGCUUCCUGCUGGUCAUUGAGUGUGGCAGUGAGUCCUCCAGCAUGUCCAUUAAGGUCAGCCAGGACCGUCUGUCUGAUGCCAUCCAGGCCCCAAGUCUGGGGGGAAGAAAGGUCACUGUCACUUCUCUAGCUGGGCAGCAGCCACCAGAGGUAGAGGGUGUAUCUCCUGAAGAACACAGACUCAUUCCUCGAACCCCUGGAGCCAAGAAGGGGCCCCCAGUUCCAAUAGAAAAUGAGGACUUCUGUGCUGUGUGUCUCAAUGGGGGGGAGCUGCUGUGCUGUGACCGUUGCCCCAAAGUGUACCACCUUUCCUGCCACUUGCCAGCCUUGCUCAGCUUCCCAGGGGGAGACUGGGUGUGCACCUUGUGCCGCAGCCUGACUCAGCCCGAGAUGGAGUACGACUGUGAGAAUGCCCGCUACUGGCAGCCAGGUGUGCGGCCCCCCCAAGGCCUCAGCGUGCAUGACCAGAAGAAGUGUGAGAAGCUGGUGCUGUCCCUGUGCUGCAAUAGCCUCAGCCUGCCCUUCCACGAGCCUGUCAGUCCACUGGCCCGGCAUUACUACCAGAUCAUCAAGAGGCCCAUGGACCUGUCUAUCAUCCGGAGGAAGCUGCAGAAGAAGGACCCAGCUCACUAUACCACCCCAGAGGAGGUGGUGUCAGAUGUCCGCCUCAUGUUUUGGAACUGUGCUAAGUUCAACUAUCCUGACUCAGAGGUUGCAGAGGCUGGCCGCUGCCUGGAAGUGUUCUUUGAGGGCUGGUUGAAGGAGAUCUAUCCAGAGAAACAGUUUGCCCGGCCACGGCAGGAGGACUCGGACUCUGAGGAGGUGUCUAGUGAGAGUGGGUGUUCCACUCCCCAGGGCUUCCUGUGGCCCCCCUGUGUGCAGGAGGGCAUUCAACCCAAGAGGCGGCGGCGGCAUAUGGAGAAUGAAAGAGCAAAAAGAAUGUCGUUCCGCCUGACCAACAGCAUCUCCCAGGUGUGAGAGCUGGAAGGAGACUGAGCACCGGCGUGGCUGGUGCCCCAUCCUGUUGACCACUCCUCCCCACCUUUCAGCUCAUUCUCUUCAGAUUGUGGACGUGAGACAAGUCUUGUCAAGCUGUGUAGUGCUCUUCGCCAUUUGCAUCUUACAGCAUUUAUUUGGGAGCCAUAAGUGCAUCCACUACAGAGAAGAUUUCACUAAUAAACAGCAAAGGGAGAGGUGUUCCCUAUACCAGAAUAAUCAGAUGUGUAGGGUCCACUUGACAAGACCAAGCCUGGCAAGGCUCGGGAGGACCUCCAUAAAUUCUCUGUGUGAGGAAAGCAGACUUUUCUCACCUUUCAGUGUGCAGGGCUUCAGAGCAAUGUAUAUAUCUGAACUCCUCCAGGGCCCAGAAGUCGGUAAAGAAGGGAGAGAGGUUCUGACAUAUGGCAGACCUGUGAUCCCUGGCCCAGCACAGCCAAAGACUGUCACUGUUUGCCUUUGCUUGCCCUGCGGGGACAGAGGCACCAGCCCUGGGCAGGGUAAUGGAAGCUUCCAGAGGCCAUAGGUCUCAGUUGGUGCCUAUUCGGUUCUAACGGUUUUCAGGGUAUUUGUUUCUCCUGCCCCCUUUCCUGAUGUUGGCAUAGGUGGCUGCUGUGAGAGUGCUCUGGAUGGUGUGGCAUUCUUGACAGGGCUGGGUGGCUGUGCAGAGAUGGCUUACACUCUCAGGCUCAGAAUUCACUUGCAGGCUUAGGAAGAUGUCAGUGUCAGAGCCUGGCCUUUGUGCCACUUUGGAUUAAUAGCUCUUCUUUGGUGUCAGAACCUGCCUUCCUAGAAGUGAUUGUCAGUGGCCACCCCUUCAUUAUCUCCAUUCAGAGGUCUGCAUCCUGAGUUCGUCAUGGAAACACUGAGGCAGCUACCAUCUGCUUCAGGGACAGAGUGUCCUGGGCAAGGAGAGUGGCCCACAACCAGCUCACUCUACUCAGCUCUCCUGCUCCUCCACCAGUCCUCCACCUCUCCACAUUCACAGAGCCAAAGAUGAGAAGUGAAUCCUCUGGCUUGCCUGCUUCCAGGCUGUCCAGCCCAGAAAAAGCUGAGACUCUACUGGCAGCCCUUUUUGGCUGGAGGUUGGAGAAGGCCAGGGACUGACAGGAGCCAGACCUAAGCACUCACGGGGGAGUUUUUGUCUAGGGUGGAGGAGGAAAGGUGAGAGGUGAGAAGCCAGUGUUCUUCAGUGACCCUGAAGCGCCUUCAGGACUUGACUUCCGGAAUGCAGGGAGAAGUGUCCUGGAAGCCACAGGAACAGGAGCUUCCGGCAAAAUCUUGAUGGGUUUUUUGGUCUGUGUAGGAAGUUUGGGUGGAGGAGGCACUGGCAGCUGCUGGGGGCCGGCCACCUCCCCAGCAAGGACUUGGUUGAGAAGGAAGCUAUUGCUGGUGGUGUUGGGGGAUCAGUGGGCCCGGCACUUCGGUGGCCUGUGCUGGAGACACAGAUUCCCCUGGUCCUGCCAUGGCCUGGCUAAUUUCAAGGGAGUCUUAGGACAUGGCUUUAUGGUGGCUAAGAGAUGAAGUUUAAGGGAGUUCUUGUUUAUAGAGCCUUUGUUAAUGGGAACAUUUUGGUCAGAAAAAACAUAUCUUCUCUUACUGUGAGUUGAUGGUACUGCUCAUUUCCUUCUCCACCCAGGUUGAGAGAUCAUCUUCAAAGCAGAUCAUGCCCAUUGACUUAACGUUCUUUCACCAGCACUUGCCAAGCUCUCCUAAGCAGAUGGGCUUCCAUAAUCCUAUUUUCUAGUUUGGGGUAACUAAGUCUUUAAUACUGCAGCAGCCAGGCAAUCUUUAGACCUUGCUCUCUGCUAUUUGGGGCUCACAUGACUUUCUGAUUUGGGCUCUGACUACUACCCUUUCCAUUUUUGAAACUUUUUCUUUGUUUCGUUUACUCAGCAAGGUUCCCUCUGAAAUUACCUCACUAAUUCCUGUUCUUGUUCAUCUUUCCUUUGUGUGGCCCACAUUCCCACCUUCCCUAAGUGAGCUUCAUGGUGCUCUGUGUCGGGCAGCCAGGUGAAGGCUGUGACUGGCUCAAACCUGAUUGAAAUUCUUCCCCGGGACCAGUUGGAGACCACAAAUAUGAAGCAGAAACGCCUGGUUAAAUGCUUGGCUUCCCUUCUAUCAGUGAAACUCUCAGCUGGUGCAGCCUGCUGGGCCCAAGGACUGGCCUAUUUGGCCAGGGGAUCUUAGUAAUGUGGUACGGAGUCACAUGUUCCCUUCCCAUCACAGAGACCCUGCAUGCUGAGGGGCUCCCUUUAGGCACCUGAGCAGGGAGGAGUGGGAGGUAGCGUGUCCUUUCCCCCAAGGGUUCCAGGCCCUGGCCCACCACACUUUUCCUACACUGGUUACCCCACAGCACUGCCCUCUCCCUGUCUUUUCCUGUGUAUACUUAGCACUGAUGUUUUGAGUCAUGGUUUUGUUUUGUUUUUGCAUGCAGAAAAUAGAACAUGACUUCCUAGAAAUUAAAAAGCUAUUAACUGAGUGACUGACUUCAGUGGCUGUUUGCUAACAUUUGAGCUGAUCCUGCUUUUUACUUACUCUCAUAAUGGCCUCAUUUUGAAGGUAGUCAAGUCCUUUGGCCCUCAACAAAGUCACGAAAUGGAAAUACAGAGUUCUGGAUUCCUGCAAUACAGAAUGCAGUCCUAGAGUAGAAACUGGGCUUCUUGUGUGUGCUGAGAAACAGGAGAAUGGAGUAGCAUCGGUGGGUGAAAAGGGGAUUUUCAUGCAAAAAUUGGUGCAAGAUGAACUUGCAGAGCACUCUUCCAGAAUAUGUGUGGUUUGGCCCUUCCUGACUUUUAACAAUUGCCAACUACAAACCCUCCCUACAUACCCUCUUCAUGAGAACCAGCCACCAGAACCUCUCUAGGCUCUGCUGCAUGCAGGCCUGCCAUCAACCCUGGCAGACUCUGGCUCCUUAUACCCGUUUCUGGCAACAGGUCUUUGCCUUGCUCCUAAGACCUAGGCCCUUCCUUGUUUGUUCCUGGGGUCUGCUCUGCUCCCUCUCUCACCCCAUGAUGUCACCUCCAUAGUCUUCUCUUCUGAACUCUUGGCUCCUCCUGGAUCAUCACCCCUGUGCUUCUCCUACUCACUGCCAUUUAGUUAAAUUGCCUGCUCCUUUAACCCUUUAACCCAAGCUCUCUCUGAUCUCCCAGUCUUUCAGCCUUCUCCUGGACUUCUUCCUCUCUCCAGUCUGAACCCAUGGCCCCACCAUGCACUGAUAUUUUUAUCAGCAUCCUGAACUUUCUCAUCCUCUCCAACUUGUGCUGAAACUGUCAACCAUUCUCCAUUUUCUGUACUGAUCUGUUUUCUCUCCCUCUUCCUUGAGCUGCUAAGCAUGAGUGGUUCAUAGUUUACAGCCUCAGUUGGGCUCUCAGCAUUGAUUGGGUAUCUUUGGCUUGUUAUGACUCUGCUUUCUGUCCAUGCCCUUCAUCUUUGCUCUCAGCAAAUGACUGACUUCAUUGUCACUUUUUGAAGCGAGGCCCUAAAGCAAGAACUUCCUUGCCCACUGGCUCGUCUCCCCUCCCACCUCUCUGUGUCUGUACCCAUCCUCAGCCCCUUCCCUCCAUUUCCUAUCUGGCACCUUAUUUCUUGAAUCUUGCUGUAUGUCCUCCAAGACUGCUCUGUCACUUACCCCCCUGC